AUGAAAGAGUAUCUCAAUUGGGCCCCAAUUGACGUGACGUGUUGGAGUCGAUCACUUGAUGAUAUGAUCCCAUUAACACCUGGCCAUUUUAGAUCGUUCGUUGCUCAGAACGGUCUCUGGGAUUUAAAACACACUGGAGAACAGUUAUCUUGGAGAGGAAAUAGACACACGCACUUCAUCAGGUCACGAUUAGACCGUGCUAUGAGCAACUGUGCGUGGUUUGAAGACUUUCCGAUGGGUCGAUGCCGGUAUCUGAGAUUUGAGGGAUCAGACCACAGGCCCCUGGUAUCCUAUUUCAACUCCGACAGACCUAAGAAGAAGGGUAUCUUCCGCUUUAAUAGAUCGCUCACAGAGCAAGAGGAAGUAACACGCAUUGUUGAUGAGUCUUGGCAUCAGUCUCCACUAGAUUCGGUUAUCCAAAAGCUAAAUGAAGUCAGGAAGGGUAUCAUUAAAUGGGCUAAGGAAAAGCAGAUACAGAGUAACCUGGUUAUCAAACAGAACCAAGAAGCCCUCGAGAAAGCUCUGUCUAGUGAUAAGCCAGACCAAACACGCAUAGAGGAGAUCAAUACUACUCUUCGUAAGGCUUAUUUGGCAGAGGAGCAAUUCUGGCAGCAAAGGAGUCGGAUUCAAUGGCUCAAACAAGGAGAUAGAAACACUGGUUUCUUCCAUGCUGCUACUAGAACCAGGAGAGCUUUAAAUUCUAUUCCAGUGCUGGAGGAUGCGCAAGGAGGAGCAGUCUAUGAGGAGAAGGAUAUCACUCGGGUGAUCUCUGAUUAUUUCACCCAGAUUUUCAGUACAAAUGGAAAUAAUUCCUUCUCCCAAAUACAAGAUCUUCUCAGCCGGAAGGUAACACCAGAGAUGAAUGAGAUGCUGAUAUCUAUACCGAGUGAUUCGGAAAUUCGAGAAGUUGUACUGUCUAUCAACGGGAAUAAAGCUCCGGGACCAGACGGGUUUUCAGCUACAUUCUAUCAGGCAUACUGGCAUAUUGUCAGUGUUGAUGUGAUCAGGGACGUCCGGAACUUUUUCAUCUCGAGCUACUUACACCCGCAGCAGAACGAGACCCAUAUUAGGCUCAUCCCGAAGAUUACCGGACCGAGAUCAGUGGCGGAUUAUCGACCUAUUGCGCUAUGCAACACCCACUAUAAGAUUAUUGCAAAGAUUCUUACUAGGAGAUUAAAGCCAUUGCUGCCAGUGCUUGUCUCUAAUACUCAGUCGGCAUUCGUGACGGGUAGAGCGAUCUCGGACAACGUACUUAUCACUCACGAGACACUCCACUUCCUUCGUACAUCUGAGGCAACGAAACGAUGCUCAAUGGCCGUCAAAACGGACAUGAGUAAGGCAUAUGACAGGAUCGAGUGGAGUUUUGUCAAGGAAGUGCUUGGGCUUCUCGGUUUCGACCCAAUCUGGAUAGGCUGGAUCAUGAGCUGCAUAGAAUCAGUAUCCUAUUCUUUCCUGAUAAACGGCUCACCUCAGGGACUAGUGAAACCGUCACGAGGGCUUCGACAGGGCGAUCCACUAUCACCGCACAUCUUUAUCCUGUGUACGGAGGUUCUCUCUGCUCUUUGCGCCAAAGGACAGGCUGAUGGAUCCUUACCGGGGGUCAGGGUCUCUCACAACAGCCCACUGAUCAACCACUUGUUAUUUGCGGACGACACUAUGUUUUUCUGCAAAUCGAAACCGGCAUGUGUCUUAGCGCUGAAGAAGAUCUUAGCCACUUAUGAAGCAGUCUCGGGACAGCGAAUCAACCCGCAGAAAUCGGCUAUUACUUUUUCCGCAAAGACACCUGAUACUACCCGCUCGAGAGUAAAGGAAACACUGGAGAUAUAUACUGAGGGCGGGGUGGGAAAAUAUUUGGGACUUCCCGAGCAAUUCGGGCGCAGGAAACGGGACAUCUUUGCAUCCAUCCUUGAUAGGAUUCGCCAGAAGGCACACAGCUGGAAGGCAAGGUUUCUAUCAGGAGCGGGAAAGCAAGUUAUGCUCAAAUCGGUUCUCUCGGCUAUGCCAUGCCAUGCCAUGUCCUGUUUUAAACUACCUCUCUCUUUGUGUAGACAAAUACAGUCGUUGCUGACCCGCUUUUGGUGGGACGCCAACCCGGAGAAAAGGAAGAUGUGUUGGGUUGCAUGGGAUACUAUGACACUUCCAAAGUAUGCCGGGGGACUUGGUUUUCGAGAUAUAGAGAUCUUUAAUGAUUCUCUACUUGCGAAAAUUGGAUGGAGGCUUAUCAAAGAACCAAACUCGCUUCUGGCUCAGGUUCUAUUGGGUAAAUACGCACACAGUACCUCCUUCAUGGAUUGUCCUAUUCCAUCAUCUGCCUCUCAUGGUUGGAGGAGUGUACUGGCGGGCAGAGACAUUCUGCGUAAGGGCCUUAGCUGGGCGGUUGGAAAUGGGGAGAGUAUCCGGGUGUGGGACGAUCCCUGGCUAUCUUUCAAUGAGCCAAUCAAACCGAUAGGCCCCCCUAGCUCCGAGCAUCAAUCUCUUUUGGUGUGUGACCUGCUGUGCCCUAUUACAAAUAAGUGGGAUAUCGAGAAGAUUCGAAGGCUUUUACCUCAGUAUGAGGAUCUUAUUUUGCAGAUAAAAACAAGCUCCACUCCAUCAACGGAUACUCUGGUUUGGUUACCGGGAAAGACUGGAAUCUACUCUACAAAAUCAGGUUAUGGCAUUGGAAGAACUUCGAUGACUGAGCUAAAUUCCGAAAAUGAUCCUGUGAACUGGUUGAAGCAUGUAUGGAAUAUUAAAACAGGGCCUAAGCUCAAAGAUUUUCUGUGGAGAGUCUUGAAGAAGGCGAUUCCAGUGAGUGCCAACCUUGAGAGAAGAGGAGUCCUGAGAUUUAAUUGCAAAACUUGUGGAACUCAUGAAGAUGACCUGCAUGUCUUCCUCACUUGUCCACUCGCUGAAGAAGUAUGGAGUCUUCUCCCGAUCAGACACAGGCCACCAGGUUCCCUUUCCACCAUUGCUGAGCUCGUCAAGCUAGGAGAUUUGUUUACUCCUCUGCCACCGAUUGGAUUGAUAUCACCUUUGUGGCCUUGGGUGCUUUGGAACUUAUGGAAAGCUAGGAAUAAACUUGUGUUUGAGAACAGAGUAUUCACAGCUCAGGAGAUAAUACUUAAGAGUAUUAAGGAUGCAAAGGAAUGGUGUCAAUCACAAGUUAACACCGGAGCUCAAAAGACGCUAGUUACACCUCCAUCCCGAAUCGGUCAUCCCUCGAGUAGCGCCCCCCCGACGUUCCCUCAUGAGACACUAGUUUGCUAUACGGAUGCAGCUUGGGACGUCAACUCUGGGAGGUGUGAUCCUUUUGACCACUUGGACAAGUUUGAUAGCUACUGUGGUUUGUCCAAGACCAAUGGAGUGUCAGAAGAUGCUUUGAAGCUCAGGCUCUUUCCUUUCUCUCUGGGAGACAAGGCAAGACAGUGGGAGAAGUCUCUCCCAAGCGACUCUAUCACUACUUGGGAUGAGUGCAAGAAAACCUUUCUAGACAAGUUCUUCUCCAUCUCCAGGACAGCUAAGAUCAGGAAUGAGAUCUCUGGGUUUCAGCAGAGGAACUUAGAAAGUUUCAGUGAAGCAUGGGAGAGGUUCAAAGGCUACCAAGCUCAUUGCCCACACCAUGGCUUCUCCAAAGAAAGCUUGUUGAGUACCUUCUACAGGGGAGCUAUACCACAGUGUAGAAACAGACUUGAUACAGCCAGCAAUGGAUUCUUCUUGGGCAGAAACGAGGUGGAUGCAGAGGAGCUGAUAGAGAACAUGGCCAAGAGUGACUCAGUAUACAGUGAGGAUCAUGAUAGAGUCAAUAGAAGUGAUGAUCAGCAGACCAAGAAAGAGCUCAAGUCUUUGGAAGAGAAGCUGGACCUACUUCUUGCCAACAAAGCUAAGCUGGAUCAGAUGAAAUCAGUUGGGGAACAGCAACAAAAGCAGGUUGCUGAGAUCAAGAAGAUUGAUGGCUUGGAAGGACAUGAAGAGGUGUGCUUUAUCAACAACAAUGGAACUUGGUAUAGGAAAGAGCCCAACUUUCAAUACCAAAACAACUACCAGCAAAAGCCCCUCUACAACAACCAACAAGGUGGUUAUCAAAGCAACCAGCCUACUCAAGCUAGAGGAAGCUCUUCUCAAGCUCAAGUUCCAAGUUCAACCAUAGAAUCUAUGUUCAAACAAAUCCUAGAAGCUCAAGGGAAAUUUGCUAAAGACAUUGGAGAUGAGUUCAAGGCUGUUCAUGCCAAGAUUGAUGGAACUUAUUCUGACCUCAACAACAAGUACAUGCAACUUGCCUCUCACGUCAAAGCUUUAGAGAGCCAGGUUGCUUCUUUUCCUUCAACCUCCAAGCAGCCUAUGGGAACCCUACCAGGGAAAGCAGAGGCAAACCCAAGAGAACAUUGCAAUGUUCUCCUCUCUAGUGACACUUCUCAGGUCGCCAACUACAAGAGAGAGCUGAGUCCAAGAUUGUGCAAGAAGCUGACAGGAUAG